GCCUGCACUAUAUGUUACAUUUCCAGCCCUCUCCUCUCGCCUUUUUACGCAAGCGGACGUCCACGGCACAGCGACACAAGUGCGCACUACAGGCGAGAGAGAGCGAGGCACGGCAGGCGGGCGGACGGACGGCGGCGGGUACCGGAGCGACGACGCGGCGGUGUAUAUGUGUGUGUGUGUGUGUCUCGUCUUUGUUGGAGACCUGGCGGACUGGAUGGUGGAUUUGUUUAUUCCACGGAUUUGGAUCGGGGGAUAAGAUAACUUCGCACGGGACAAAACCCGCCUUCUUUUUUUUUUUUUUUUUUAUGUCAUCCACCGAUUUGUUUCGCCCGGCGUGUUGACGCCAGUGGAAAAGGGGGAAACGGAGGCUGCCUGAGGAGCGCAAUUGACAGACAGGCGACAUGAAUAUACACGCGUUUCCGUCCACCAGCUGUACAGGAUAGAUGCAAACAAAACGGCUUGUGAUUUUAAACGUGAUUUCAGGAGCUUAUUGUGCAGCAACGUGGGUCGGUAUAAACGGAGACCAGGAAAAGAUGCUCUGCCGCACGCUUGAGGUUUUGCACCGUAGGGCAGUGUGUUAUUGACGAUUUGCACGGCGUGGAAUAAUGCAUCGAGACACAACUUUGUUCACAUGCCUGACAGACUGCGAGACGUUUGAUCAUCUCUUUUAAAAGUGCAUUUAUUUGUUAGGCUGGCGUAUGCUACUGUAAUCCUGUUAUUCUUGAAUAUAGCUUAGUGCUUCAGUAAACGCCAGUGCCAUUUAUCUAUCAGCCCCGAAGCCCUGCGCUGUUUUAUGAUUAACAUUUUUAAACCCAGAUCCUGCAGUCUAUUGAUGUCAGUGAUUGUGUUAUGUAGAUAAUCCCCCCAAAGCUCUGGAGUUUGCGUUUCCAGAUGAUUGGUAAAUUGUAGAUGUAGGCAGGCCUAACCUUUGCUUAUGCAGAUCCAAUCGAUAGCGAGAUAAAGACAGCUCUGGCAGGCUGUUUACGCUACUCUGCAAGUGUCGCGGGGGUGUGUUUAAAAUCCCGCAUAUAUCUAGUUUUUACACAUGCCUCAAGGCAGCAGAGAAGCUGUUCAGUAGAGAGCGGAGACUGUCAAAACACCGUGUAGUCUCGGAGAUAUACUGUAAGGCAGCGUCUCAAGAAAAGUUUCAAUGGUUUUCCGAAAGUUGCCCGGUGUGUCGGCAUCGGGCAUGGGUCUGCGCCUGUCCCAGAAAUUCGUAUUUCUGCUCUUUCUCUCGGGUUUGGUAACACUGUGUUUUGGGGCCCUUUUCUUUUUGCCCGACUCUGUCCGACUAAAACGCAUUUUUCUGUCCAAGACAGAGACCCAGCCGGUCACUGUUGGCUCCGGGUCCGAGAACGAUGCCCGGGAGCACUUAAAAAGACCCAAGGACCAGGAGCACCCCCGGGGCAUGACCUCGGCCAAGGGAGAGACCAGCACCAAGCUGAAAAGUCUGAGCCGCAAACCGUCCGUCUCUCAUGAGGCGACCGAGGAGCGGCUGGCCGGGGGCAAGGCACAGGAGGAUAUGACUCUGCCCAGGUCGAAAACGGAGUCCGCGACCUCUUCUGACCACGAUGCCAACUCGGAUACUUUCAGUUUCAAGAAGUUCAAAGGAUGUCUCCUGAAACCCCCGCUGGGGAGGGACAGCGGCAACCCGAGCGACCCCAAGACCAACGAGCGCCGGGAGAAAGUCAAAGAGAUGAUGAAGUUUGCCUGGGACAACUACAAGCGCUACGCCUGGGGCAAGAAUGAGCUGCGGCCUUUGACGAGAAACGGGCAUAUUGGAAACAUGUUCGGUGGCCUGAGAGGAGCAUCCAUCAUUGACUCACUGGACACACUGUAUAUAAUGGGACUGAUGGACGAAUACAGUGAGGCCAAGGAGUGGGUGCAGACCAGCCUGGACCUAAACUCAAACGGUGAAGCAUCGCUCUUUGAGGUGAACAUCCGUUACGUCGGCGGGUUGCUGUCGGCGUACUACCUGACAGGAGAGGAGCUGUUCAAGAAUAAGGUGUUGGAGCUGGGAGAGAAGCUGCUGCCUGCCUUCAACACGCCGACAGGAAUCCCCCGAGGAGUCAUCAACCUGGGAAGCAGUGGAACCAGUUGGAGCUGGGGCUGGGCCUCAGCCGGGAGCAGCAUCCUGGCUGAGUUCGGGACCCUUCACCUCGAAUUCGUCCAUCUGACUGAGCUCUCCACCAAUCCCAUCUACACGGAGAAGGUGAUGAACAUCAGGAAACUUCUGAACAAGAUUGAAAAACCCCACGGACUGUAUCCCAACUUCCUCAGUCCAGUCAGCGGCAACUGGGUCCAACAUCAUGUUUCCAUUGGUGGCCUCGGGGAUAGUUUCUAUGAGUACUUGAUCAAAUCAUAUCUGAUGUCAGACAAGACAGAUGACGACGCCAAGACGAUGUACUACAGCGCACUGGAGGCGAUUGAAGCCAACCUGGUACAGAAGUCACCUGGUGGCCUCACCUACAUGGCUGAGUGGAGAGGUGGGAUCCUGGAUCACAAGAUGGGCCACCUGGCCUGUUUCUCUGGGGGAAUGAUCGGCAUUGGGGCUGAUGACGGAGCUCCGGAGAAGAGGCAACACUACCUGGACCUGGCUGCCGAGAUCACGCACACAUGCCACGAGAGCUACACGCGCUCAGCCACCAAACUGGGACCUGAGGCGUUCAGAUUCGACGGCGGAGCUGAGGCCACAGCAACCAGACUGAGCGACAGAUAUUACAUCCUACGACCAGAAGUUAUCGAAAGCUACAUGUACAUGUGGAGACUCACCCACGACCCCAAGUACAGAGAGUGGGGUUGGGAGGCUGUUGAGGCCCUCGAGGAGCACUGCAGAGUGGAGUCUGGCUUUUCUGGGAUCCGAGACGUUUACACCAUGACAGUCAGCCACGAUAACAUGCAGCAGAGCUUCUUCCUCUCAGAGACACUCAAGUAUCUGUACCUGCUCUUCUCUGACGAUGACCUUCUCCCACUGGAGGACUGGGUCUUCAACACAGAAGCCCACCCACUGCCCAUCAUCCGUAAGAGCUGCCUGCAGGACGAAGCAACACAGGAUAAGACAGUCUCUGAAUAAGACUGAAGACAACCCAACAACAGAGGCAGAUACAUACACACCUGCACAGGUCAUGUGCACACACAGUCACACAAAAACAAACACCAAUUCAAUGCAGGUUCAGAGUCUUUUCAGGAGCGUGUUACGGACUCGCAAUUCCUUUCCAGUAAAGGAUGUUGUCGUUUUAUGCUGUGAUUGUAUAUCCUUUCGCCGGGGUUACUUCCUGCUGGCACUUCUUUUUUGUGGACAAUCAAGACAAACAUGACUUUCAUGAAAAGAGCACCUUUUUCUUUCCUUCUUUCCUCUGUGAGGAAACCAGUAUAACUUACAGACCCAAAUGUAUGGGAGGAGGGUUGAACUAUGGGCCAUAUUGUUAGAAAGAGAGAGAAACAUAUAGAAAACCACUUGAGUUUUGCUCUUUGAUUUCAUUGUUUCGUUAAUCUUGAGUGAUGAAUGAUUUCCUCUGAUCUUGUCAUUGCAUUUUUUCCUUUGUGAGUACACUCUUUGACCAAAGGUUUCUUUGCAUUUCUAUUUCCCUCUUUUCCAGUAAUGUGUUUUUGGUGAGAUUUGACAGAAAGUAAAGUUUACUAUGAGGACUGAAUUGUAAUGAAUAUUGAUUAAUGUACAGACAAACAUGAAAUGUGAUUCUCGAGUCCCCCUGCAAACUAAUGUUGAUGUCAUGUUUCUUACUGAAACAAGCUUGAAUGAAUUUUUUUAAGUCAGGUGGUGUCAGGAAAGGUGGCAGUGUCUUAUACAUCCAGGGACCAUUUUUAAAAAAGAAAAAUGAUGUUGGGUUGUGUUUCCACUGUAUGCUUGGGUUACUUUUUGAACAGGACAAUGCUUUCUCAGUCCUCUCAGCCUUUCAAAUCAGAGUAACAAAUGGAGUUCUGUCAGUUCUGUGACUGUAAUACAAGCAUAAAGGAAAAAGAAGGCAUUUGCCAGCUAGCUCCAAAUGGGUUUUCCUGUUUCUGUUGUAGUUUUCUGCUUCACUCUGCCUUUACAUGUGAAUUCCAUACAGCUGCCAAUACUGAUGUUAAAGGCUGUUCGACUGCGGAGACGAGUUUUCAUUUUCAUCACUGCUGUCCUGCACAGUUGUAGAGUGAAUGUGCUGUACAUACAGAUGAAGUGAGUGACCCCUGUAUGAGCUUGUCUUGACUUUAUUUUGUGAUCUUUUUUUCUUUUUCUAAAAUUCAGUGGUUAUUUUUAUUUCUGGGUUCUCUUUUGAUUUGCUUCCCUCAGGUGUUUCAGUAAAAAAGAAAAAAAAAACUAAAAAGUUCUGAUUUUAAGUCUAGUUAUUGCUGAUAUUAAUUAUUGUUAUUACUUAUUCUUACUGUUUGAUUUAACUUUCAUUGUUGAAUAUUUUCAAAUACUGAUAAAAGACCUGUGCAACUUUGUACAUUUAAAUCAA